AUGUCACUUGCUGCUUGGUCCGUACCAAGACGGGGCUUCUCAGGCGUCGCACCGUCAUGGAAUAGCAGACGGAGCUUUUGCCGAGCUCUAUACACUGUGGUCUGCCGCAUGUGUGUUGCUGGCUCCGUUCCCCGCGAGACGUUCAACCCGGAGCCCCCACUUACGGGAGUUGCACCAGCAGUGGGGGGCUUUCACUUCUGGAACAAAUUGCCUGGAACACGUCUGGGGGAAGUUGCACGUGUCUUGCCUCCCCGAAUGCCGAAGAAACUCUUCACGUCAUCAGAUUUCAGGCUGCCGAGCCAGUCUGGCGCCCGCACAGCGCCGCCUGGAUUGGGUUAUACAUACCUAAUCAGGGCGGGCAGAUCUAACGCAAUACCCAGCGCGUGA